UGUCUCCAGAUAACCACCGAGGUGCACGAGACAGAGACCCGUUUCAUUAUACAGGCUGUAUCAGGUUGCUGGACAGGUUCUUGAAUGGCCUUCCCUUUCCCACUUGUCAAGGACAGCUGACUUCAGAGCAGGGUUGAGAGCAUCUCAUAUGGACACAGUGAUUCGCCGGUGCCCUUUCCUUACUGCUGUGCCCAGUGUGUGCCUGCAGCUGGCUGGGAAGUCGUCGCUGGUGAGCUAUGCCCAAAAAUGCCCGGUGAUGAUGGAUCUGGCCACCAGACCUCUGGCCAGAGCUCUGUCCUCUUCAGCUUCUGCAUCCAAAGGCACUCCAACAAAUGAUGAUCAGAAGUGUGGAGUCAAGCUGCCCUCAGGUCAUGUUCCCCCUCCUGCUUGCUGGCCUGCAGGCUCAAAAUGUCCUUUCCUGGCUGCAGAAAUGGUGCAGAACAAUAACAGGGUAGUAAAGGAGGUCAGCACGGAGCUGCAAGAGGACGUCCAAGGAGUGCAUUCUAUCUGCACAGGGAAAACAGAUGUGGAAAUUUCAGUUGUGGAUCUUAUUGAGGCAGACAAGGCCAACAUAAGAGCUCCAAAAGAUUAUUGUAAACCCAAAUCCAGUGAAGUGUCUCACCUGCUAAAAGAUAAUCUGCCUAAGGCUGUAACCUUCAAGUAUGACAAGUUUUUUGAAAAGAAGAUUGAGAGCAAGAAGACAGAUCACACGUACAGAGUUUUUAAGACAGUGAACCGGCGCGCUCUGUCGUUCCCCAUGGCAGACGACUACUCAGAGUCUCUUCACGUGAAGAGAGAUGUGUCUGUGUGGUGCAGUAACGACUAUCUGGGCAUGAGCCGUCACCCUAAAGUCACGCAGGCUAUCAUGGACACUCUGCGAAAACACGGUGCUGGUGCAGGAGGGACACGAAACAUUUCAGGGACAAGCAAAUUCCAUGUGGAGCUCGAACAUGAGCUGGCUGACCUACAUGGAAAAGAUGCUGCACUGCUCUUUACUUCCUGCUUUGUAGCAAAUGACUCCACAUUGUUUACAUUGGCAAAAAUGCUACCAGGUUGUGAAAUCUACUCCGAUGCUGGAAACCAUGCCUCAAUGAUUCAGGGUAUAAGAAACAGCGGGGUCAAGAAAUUUAUCUUUCGUCACAAUGAUGUGAACCACUUACGAGAACUGCUUGAGAAAUCUGACCCCUCCACUCCAAAGAUUGUUGCUUUUGAGACAGUCCACUCCAUGGAUGGUGCAGUGUGUCCCCUAGAAGAGAUGUGUGACAUUGCUCACAAGUUUGGGGCCAUAACCUUUGUGGACGAGGUUCAUGCUGUGGGCCUGUAUGGGUCCAGAGGAGGAGGGAUUGGGGACAGAGACAGAGUCAUGCACAAGAUGGACAUCAUCUCUGGUACCCUUGGCAAAGCAUUUGGCUGUGUGGGUGGCUACAUCGCCAGCACUAGCGCCCUUGUGGACACGGUGCGCUCCUACGCUGCAGGCUUCAUCUUUACCACCUCUCUGCCCCCGAUGCUGCUGGCAGGGGCGAGGGAGUCUAUCAAAGUCCUAAAGAGUGAGGAGGGUGGAGUGCUCAGGAGGAAACAUCAGAGGAGCGUUAAGCUGCUCAGACAAAUGCUAAUGGACUCUGGACUUCCUGUUGUCCCCUGCCCGAGCCACAUCAUUCCUGUACAGGUGUCAGAUGCAGAGAAAAAUACAGAGAUCUGUGACAUCAUGAUGGCUCGUUACAACAUCUAUGUCCAGGCAAUCAACUAUCCAACUGUGGCAAAAGGAGAAGAGCUACUUCGCAUCGCCCCCACACCACUUCAUACACCCCAAAUGAUGAACUACUUUGUCGACCGGCUAGUGAAGACGUGGAAGGAGGUUGGUUUGGAGCUGAGAUCACACUCCUCAGCAGAGUGCAACUUCUGCCAGCAGCCUCUUCACUUUGAGUUGAUGAGCGAGAGGGAGAAGUCGUACUUCAGAGGCCUCAGUCACCCCAUAUCUGCUGUAGCUUGAUGUUGAGUGAAACACUAAAUCCUUUACUAGCCUACCUCAUCCUAUCUUAGUUAUUUAUUGAUUGAAUUCAAGUAUGUUGAUUGUUCUGAAUGCACAUUUCGAGUAAUAAAUGUGUCGGUAUGGUGCUA